CCAGUCUGCGCCGGGCGUCGGCGGUGGCGGAUCCCGCAACAUGGCGGCGGCUGUACGCAGCUUCGGUCUGGAGCGGGAGGCCGAGCCGGCCAAGGAGGCGCGCGUCGUGGGUUCCGAGCUCGUGGACACGUACACGGUUUAUAUCAUACAGGUCACUGAUGGCAACCAUGAGUGGACAGUCAAGCACCGCUAUAGUGACUUCCAUGACCUGCAUGAAAAGCUUGUUGCAGAGAGGAAAAUUGACAAAAAUCUACUUCCACCCAAAAAGAUAAUUGGGAAAAACUCCAGAAGCUUGGUAGAGAAGAGGGAGAAGGACCUGGAGGUGUACCUGCAGACCCUCCUGACCACCUUCCCUGAGACGGCCCCCAGGGUGCUGGCCCACUUCUUGCAUCUUCACUUCUAUGAAAUAAAUGGUAUCACUGCAGCACUGGCUGAAGAACUCUUUGAAAAAGGAGAACAGCUUCUGGGAGCCGGAGAGGUCUUUGCCAUCAGGCCCCUGCAGCUCUAUGCUGUCACGGAGCAGCUACAGCAGGGAAAGCCCACGUGUGCCAGUGGUGAUGCCAAGACUGACCUCGGGCACAUCCUAGACUUCACCUGUCGCCUUAAGUACCUUAAGGUUUCUGGCACAGAAGGACCUUUUGGGACCAGCAACAUUCAGGAGCAGCUCCUACCUUUUGAUCUCUCAAUAUUUAAGUCUCUCCAUCAGGUGGAGAUAAGUCACUGUGAUGCUAAGCACAUCCGAGGGCUGGUCACCUCGAAGCCAACCUUAGCCACAAUGAGUGUCCGCUUCUCAGCAACCUCAAUGCAGGAAGUCCUUGUUCCUGAAGCCUCAGAAUUUGAUGACUGGGAACCUGAAGGCACUGCCCUCCAACAUCCUGUGACUGCCAUCAUCCCCACAUGGCAAGCAUUGACCACUCUUGACCUGAGCCACAACAGCAUCUCUGAGGUCGACGAGUCUGUGAAACUGAUUCCAAAGAUUGAGUUCCUGGACCUGAGUCACAAUGGAGUACUAGUUGUGGACAACCUACAGCACCUGUACAACCUCGUGCACCUUGACCUGUCGUACAACAGACUUUCCUCCCUGGAAGGCGUGCACACCAAACUGGGCAAUGUGAAGACCCUGAACUUGGCUGGCAACCUCCUGGAGAGUUUGAGUGGUCUGCAGAAGCUCUACUCCCUGGUCAACCUGGACCUCAGCAACAACAGAAUUGAGCAGAUGGAGGAGGUCAAGAGCAUAGGCAGCCUGCCAUGUCUGGAGCAUGUGGCCCUACUAAACAACCCUCUGAGCAUCAUCCCUGAUUAUCGGACCAAGGUGCUUGCCCAGUUUGGAGAGCGAGCCUCUGAGAUCUGUCUGGAUGACACAGCAACCACAGAGAAGGAGCUGGACACCGUGGAAGUGCUGAAAGCCAUUCAGAAAGCCAAGGAUGUCAAGUCCAAACUGAACAGCACAGAGAAGAAGGUUGGUGAAGACUCUCGGCUCCCAGCUGCUCCCUACGUUAGACCCAGUGGCUCCCCUCCCACUGCAGCGACCACCUCAGCCUCCCUGCCUCAGCCCAUCCUCUCCAACCAAGCUGCGUCUUUCAGUCAGUGGCGUUCCCUAGUUGCUGUCAGCCAGCUGGUAUUCGUGAUGGAGUCGUGGGAAAACCUUCCGUGGAUACCUGCUAUGACCAAGAUGGCACCACAUCCACACAUCUUAGAUUUGAUGAAAUGUGGAAUCAUGUUCGUACAGGAGGAGGCUCUGGCCAGCAGCCUCUCAUCUACCGACAGUGUGCCUCCUGAGGACCGGCCCAUUGCCCGAGACUGCUCUGACUCCUUGGAGUCCAUCCCCACUGGACAGGUGGCAUCUGAGGAUUUAAGAGAUGUACCAGGAGCUGUUGGUGGUAUAAGCCCAGAGCACGCAGAGCCAGAGGUGCAGGUGGUGCCUGGGUCUGGCCAAAUCAUCUUCCUGCCCUUCACCUGCAUUGGCUACACAGCUACCAACCAAGACUUCAUCCAGCGCCUGAGCACACUGAUCCGCCAGGCUAUUGAGCGGCAACUGCCUGCCUGGAUUGAAGCUGCCAAUCAGAGAGAGGCAGCCCAGGGUGAACAGGGUGAGGAAGAUGAAGAGGACGAUGAGGAUGUUGCUGAGAACCGAUACUUUGAAAUGGGACCCCCAGAUGUGGAGGAAGAGGAAGGCAGUGGCCAGGGUGAGGUAGAGGAAGAUGAUGAUGAGGAAGAUGAGGAGGCUGAGGAAGAACGCCUGGCUCUAGAGUGGGCCUUGGGCGCAGAUGAGGACUUUCUACUAGAGCACAUCCGCAUCCUCAAGGUGCUGUGGUGCUUCCUAAUCCAUGUGCAGGGCAGCAUCCGCCAGUUUGCCGCCUGCCUUGUCCUCACUGACUUUGGCAUCGCCGUCUUUGAGAUUCCACACCAGGAGUCUCGAGGCAGCAGCCAGCACAUCCUCUCAGCCCUGCGCUUUGUUUUCUGCUUCCCCCAUGGUGACCUCACUGAGUUCGGCUUCCUCAUGCCAGAGCUGUGUCUAGUGCUCAAGGUGCGUCACAGUGAGAACACACUCUUCAUCAUCUCUGAUGCUGCCAACCUGCAUGAGUUCCACGCUGACCUGCGCUCAUGUUUUGCACCACAGCACAUGGCCAUGCUGUGCAGCCCUAUCCUCUAUGGCAGCCAUACCAGCCUGCAGGAAUUCCUGCGCCAGCUGCUCACCUUCUACAAAGUGGCUGGUGGCUGUCAGGAGCGCAGUCAGGGCUGCUUCCCUGUCUACCUGGUCUAUAGUGACAAGCGCAUGGUCCAAACAGCUGCCGGGGACUACUCUGGCAACAUCGAAUGGGCCAGCUGCACACUCUGCUCUGCUGUUCGGCGCUCCUGCUGCGCACCCUCUGAGGCCGUCAAAUCUGCUGCCAUCCCCUACUGGCUGCUGCUUACCCCCCAGCACCUCAAUGUCAUCAAGGCCGACUUCAAUCCCAUGCCCAACCGAGGCACCCACAACUGCCGAAAUCGCAACAGCUUCAAGCUCAGCCGUGUCCCACUCUCCACUGUGCUGCUAGAUCCCACACGCAGCUGCACCCAGCCCCGGGGCGCGUUCGCUGAUGGCCACGUGCUUGAGCUGCUUGUUGGCUAUCGCUUUGUCACUGCCAUCUUCGUGCUGCCCCACGAGAAGUUCCACUUCCUGCGCAUCUACAAUCAGCUACGGGCCUCCCUGCAGGACCUAAAGACUGUAGUUAUUGCCAAGACUCCUGCAGCUGGACCAAGAUCCCAAAACCCCCUUGUGGAAGGCCACCCUGCCAAGGGCAUGGCCAGUGAUGGGCAGCAGCCCCAGGAGGCCCCAGCAGAAGCUCCUGCUCCAGUUCCAGCCCCAGUGGAGGCCCCAGCUCCAGUUCUAGCCCCAGUGGAAGCCCCAGCUCCAGGAGAGACUCCAGCUCCAGUUCCAGCUCCAGCAGAGGCUCCAGCUCCAACAGAGGCCCCGGCUCCAGCUCCAGUGGAAGCCCAAGCAGAGGCCCUGACCCUGGCUCCAGGGGAAGCUUCAAUAGAAGCCCCAGCUGAGGCCCCUACCCAGUACCCAAGCGAGCACCUGAUCCAAUCCACCUCCGAAGAAAACCAGAUACCCUCUCACUUGCCAGUCUGCCCAUCACUCCGGCACAUUGCCAGCCUUCAGGGAAGCGCCAUCAUUGAGCUCUUCCACAGCAGCAUUGCUGAGGUUGAAAACGAGGAGCUGAGGCACCUCCUGUGGUCAUCAGUGGUGUUCUACCAGACCCCAGGGCUGGAGGUGACUGCCUGUGUGCUGCUCUCCACCAAGGCUAUAUACUUUGUGCUGCAUGAUGGCCUCCGCCGGUACUUCUCCGAGCCACUGCAGGAUUUCUGGCAUCAGAAAAACACUGACUAUAACAAUAGUCCUUUCCACAUCUCUCAGUGCUUUGUGUUCAAGCUCAGUGACCUACAGUCAGUCAACGUUGGCCUUUUUGACCAGUACUUCCGGCUGACGGGCUCCUCCCCAAUGCAGGUGGUCACGUGCUUGACUCGAGACAGCUACCUGACACACUGCUUCCUCCAGCACCUCAUGCUUGUGCUCUCCUCACUGGAGCGCACACCCUCACCUGAGCCUGUCGACAAGGACUUCUACUCGGAAUUUGGCAACAAGAACACAGGGAAGAUGGAGAACUAUGAGCUGAUCCACUCGAGCCGUGUCAAGUUCACCUACCCCAGCGAGGAGGAGGUUGGGGACCUGACCUAUAUCGUGGCACAGAAGAUGGCUGAUCCCGAGAAGGCUCAGGCCCUCAGCAUCUUGCUGUAUGUACAGGCCUUCCAGGUGACGACACCACCAGCUGGAUGUAGCAGGGGCCAGCUGCACCCCAAGACACUCUUGCUCACCAGUGCUGAGAUCUUUCUCCUGGAUGAGGACUACAUCCACUAUCCACUGCCGGAGUUUGCCAAAGAGCCACCACAGAGGGACAGAUACCGGCUAGAUGAUGGCCGCCGUGUCCGAGACUUGGACCGUGUGCUCAUGGGCUACCAGCCCUACCCACAGGCCCUCACUCUGGUCUUUGAUGACGUGCAGGGCCACGACCUCAUGGGCAGUGUCACUCUGGACCACUUUGGGGAGGUGCUGGGUGAUCCUGGCAGGGCUGGCCAGGGCCAGGAGGUCCAGUGGCAAGUGUUUGUCCCCAGUGCCGAGAGUCGAGAGAAGCUCAUCUCACUAUUAGCACGCCAGUGGGAGGCCCUUUGUGGCCGGGAGCUGCCUGUGGAGCUCACUGGCUAGUGCAUGCCACAGGCAGCCCUCACCACCUGCCAUGUGCAGCUAGCCUGGUGCCCGCUCAGGACAAGAAAGCAGGCUUUUUGUGUUCUUUUAAAGGUGUUCUCUCCCCUCCCUUUGAUAUCUUAAUUUGUCCACACCUCCCACAGAGAAUGUGAACUUGUAUAAUUCCUAAUUCUGGAAAGGAGUGCACGAGCCCCACCAGGGUUUCCUUGUGCCAUCAGCCUCCUGUGUGUUGCCUGCCCCUUGAGUGGGAUGGCCAGGCACACCAGCAUCAUGUCUGAUGUGGUGCUGUUUUUAACGUGACGCUGUGGAUCUGAUAACUACAUGUCCUUUCCUGAAGUGUUUAGUCCAGUCCACCAUUGCUGUUGCUAUUAUUGUUGUGGCCAUUUUGCUGCUAAUUAUGAAGCUGGUAGCAGAAUGCACAUUGGAAGUUCCUGCUUUGUGGGCUUUUCCAAAAUGGAGGCCUCCUCAGGUCCAGACAAGGGGAAGUCUCGUGGGGUGUUACCAGGCCUUGGGGCCGAGAGGGGUGGGGGCAGGGGACCUAGAGCUGCCAGCACCAAGCGUGAUACCUGAUGCCUAUUUUCUCUAUUCCAAUAAAGCAGAGUUUGACA